GUGGGUGUUCGACACGAGGACGGUGCGUGUUUAAGUCCAGUUUAGCCUAUAUUGCGUUCGGAAAGCGAGGGGGAUUCUGAUAGAAAUCCCCUGCCGCCUCCGCCAGACCGUGAGCAACAGCCCUCUCCCCUCCCCGGAGAUGGAGCCGCUAACUUUUGUUUUGGUGGGGGAACAAUCGCUGGGCUCUCCCCCACAGGGACCAGCUGCUUCCAGUCGUGGGAGACUUGUGCACCUCCGUCCUGUUGUUGUGAUCCUGAGGCUGGUUUUCCACACUAGAUGGAUGGGGAGGGAUUGACUCGUCUGUAAUGGAGCGUUGAAACCUUCCCGGAUUGCGUCGUUUGGUUUUGUUUGUAAACAACGCAAGGACCUUACCUGUAAACUGAAACAUUAAACGUUACGACUCUGGUGUUUUUUACGGAAUCUGGAGCUGAAGUGAAUCUGUUGCACCAUGUGAAUGGAUGUUUUAGAAACUUUUUUUUUGACAUCGAUUCAUGAAUAUUCGUGUCUCCUGGAUGGUGAACGCCAUCUUGUUGGUUGUUUAACUAAGAAGCCUAAUAUGAUUUCGAACCUUCCAUUCAUACUCAAAGUCAGGCAACAUAAGGUACUUUUCCCUCUGGAGGAAGUUCUGGUUCUGUACAACUUUGAAUAUCACGUGAUAAUGCCAUUCUUUAUAUAAAAUCAAUAUCAGAUUUAGUUUCUUUAGUGAUCAAACUCAAAUUCAGAUUUACUGGAGUGGUCCCAUUCACCGACAUGCGGUGCAUAACUAAGUGGCAGAAGCCAUUUGAUGAUUUGAAAAAAUUGGUUGGGUGAUGUCUCCAGAUUUCAUAUAGAGAAAGACACUUAUUCGUCAUAGAUUGCACUUUCAAGGAAGGGUUUGUCAGAGAUUUAAUCCUGACCUGUUCAGUCUCACAAGUAGCACAGCUCUGUUGCAGUGAUGAAACAAACCAAGUGAUAUUGCUGUCAAUAUAGAAGUGAAACUUAGUUAUGGAUGAUAAAGUCCAGUCAUCAGAGGACUGUUGCAAUGUUAUUUCUGACUGAUAGACAUUUGUUAUGUAUGCAGUCACUACUUUAUAUUCUAUUUUCUUUACUAAUUUGAACAUGGCACAGGCACAACAGUCGUGACACCUAGUUAAUCUUAACUCACGGAACUGCAGAAUUUCCUCAAAUCCUGUGAGUAAUUGUGGCGUACAGUAACUUGGAAUAAGUAUAGACAUUCAUGCCUGGCAGUUGUUGAUGAGUAAGGACAAAGACUUUCCUCUUUCUUUUUUCGCCUGGUAAGUUGCUCGACGUGGAUGAUCAGGAGUGUUGUUCUCCAGGUUCAUGAAAGUUCAUGCGCCUCUCGCCAGUGGCCCUCCAAACGCUCUGUGCAGAGUGAAGCUUUUAUGAAACUCAGUGUGGUAAACACGUCCAGCUCUGUGUGAGCAGAGUGUGAACUCAGCAGCUCGACCAGGCAGCGCUGGGUCGCCCUGCUUUUGUUUUUGGGAGGACUGGAUGACUCAUGCACUGAUGUAGUUAUCUGUCUCCGGUCCAUAGAGAGAGGAGAUGCUGACCAGGGCGGGGAGCACACAUGUCGAGUGCAGAACAUAAACAAGACAGCUGGAUUCCUCUGUCAUGCCUCUCACUUCUCUGAGUUCGGUGCAGGACUGGGGUGAGGAAGUCGAGGAAGGAGCCAUCUACAACGUGACACUGAAGCGAGUUCAGAUUCAGCAGGCGGCCAACAAGGGAGCGAGAUGGUUGGGGGCAGAAGGAGACCGACUGCCUCCGGGCCACACCGUCAGCCAGCUGGAGACCUGCAAAAUCCGGAGUAUCCGUGCCGGCACCAUGGAGCGCCUUGUGGAAACGUUACUGACGGCAUUCGGGGACAACGACCUGACCUACACCUCCAUCUUCCUGUCCACCUACAGAGCCUUCACCAGCACUCAGACGGUGCUGCAGCUGCUGCUAGACCGGUAUGGAAGUCUGGAAGAUAAGGACUCUGAAACCAAUGGAGCGAUCAGAAAUGCUUUAGCUUCGAUCCUGCGUGCCUGGCUGGAUCAGUGUCCGGAGGACUUCCAGGAGCCUCCAGACUAUCCCUGUCUUCAUCGGCUCAUUAAGUACCUGAGCCAAGCUCUGCCCGGCUCAGAGACACUUCGGCGAGCGGAGAUGCUGUUGGAGCAGCUGCAGGGUGAGACGUGCCAGGACCAUGACACUGAAGCGGGUUUCCAAGGCAACAGCUCCUUCUGCCUGGCUGAAGACGACGACAUGGACGCGGCGCAGGAGGACUUUCUGUCGUUCGAUGCCGACCUUGUGGCCGAGCAGCUCACCUACAUGGAUGCACUGCUGUUCAAAAAAGUGGUACCGCAUCACUGCCUGGGCUCCAUCUGGUCCCAGAGGGACAAGAAGCACAAGAAACACAGCGCCCCCACCAUCCGUGCCACCAUCACCCAGUUCAACGCGGUGGCAGCCUGCGUGGUCAGCACAGUCCUGAAACACAGACAGAUCCGGCCUCACGUCAGAGCCCGGAUCAUCCAGCGCUGGAUCGACAUCGCUCAGGAAUGCAGAAUACGGAAAAACUUCUCCUCUCUUCGAGCCAUCGUGUCGGCGCUGCAGUCCAACCCCUUAUAUCGGUUGAAGAGAGCGUGGAACUGUGUUCACAAAGACAGCAUGCAAAUAUUCGAGGAGUUGUCCGACAUUUUUUCUGACCACAACAACUACCUGACCAGCAGAGAGCUGCUCAUGAGGGAAGGCACUUCAAAGUUUGCCAGUCUGGAGAGUUGUGCCAAAGACCACCAGAAACGUACCCACAAGAGGCUUCAGCUGCAGAAGGAAAUGGGAGCGACGCAGGGAACGAUACCGUACCUGGGCACGUUUCUCACCGACCUGACCAUGCUGGACACGGCCCUCCCUGACUUUGUCGAGGGUGGUCUGAUCAACUUUGAGAAGAGACGCAGGGAGUUUGAGGUGAUCGCCCAGAUCAAGCUGCUCCAGUCUGCAUGCAACAGCUACUGCCUGACUCCUGACCGGACUUUCCUCCGUUGGUUCACGAGUCUUCCUCAGCUCAGCGAGGAGGAAAGCUACGCUUUAUCAUGUGAAAUUGAAGGUCUCGGUGACAGCAGCCCGACCUCCCCCAAACCUCGGAAAAGCAUGGUGAAGAGGCUCAGCUUGCUCUUUUUGGGGACAGACAGUGCAUCGAGUUCUCCUGUCAGAGAGACGCCACGCUCGCCCCCUACUGGCAGCUCGGGGGAGAGCAUGGACUCGGUCAGUGUGUCAUCCAGUGACUCCAGCAGCCCCUCUGAUAGUGAGGGUCACGCCCCCCACCACCACUCUGACACGCAGCAAAGCAAGCAGCUUUCAGAGUCUUCGUCUUGUACGUCGCUUCACUCCAUGGACACCGGCUCGUCCACCGCCAGCGUCUCCACCCCCACAGCGUCGCCUUCGUUCCCCGCCGCGCCCUGCACCCACCGAAGGUCGGUCUCCCUGACGCCCCUGACCCCCUGCUCGCCCAGCCAGGCGCCGGCCUACAACACGCAGGCCCAGGACACCUGUAUCAUCAGAGUCAGCCUGGAGCAUGGCAACGGGAAUCUCUACAAGAGCAUCCUGCUGACCAAUCAGGACAAGACGCCGGCGGUGAUUUCUCGAGCAAUGGCCAAACACAACUUGGAGGUGGAGCCAGUGGAGGGAUACGAGCUGGUGCAGGUCAUCUCUGAGGAGAGAGAGCUGGUGAUUCCAGACAACGCUAAUGUCUUCUACGCCAUGAACACCGCUGCCAACUUCGACUUCCUGCUGCGUGUGCGUGGUUCGGCGGGCCGGCCGGUGCAGCUCCGCAGCCGCUGCACGUCCACGCUCCCCCGCACGCCUCAGCGCUCCAGCCUGUCGCUCAGACUCAGCAAAGUGACUCUGUGAAGCCAGCGAACCACUAACCCAGACUGGUCACUGGACCGACCGGUCAGUCUGGAGUAGAGCUGUGGACCGAACCAGCAGCGUGAACUGUUUUUGCACAUGAGUCAGGAGUGGCUAAGCCCCUGGCCUCCGACAGUAUUUUCCUUUUCUCUUGAAGUUCUGACAGCUGCAGAGCUGAGCGUCUCCUUCCUGUUGCCUUCACAGACCAAUGACCCUCCGCAGUGUUCUGGAUGAUGUUGUCAGAUUGACAGGAGCUGUGGUGUCAUUAAUGUCCCAUGUGGGUCGUGUUUACUUGCCAAGUCUGUAGCAUGUGCACAGUGUGCAUGUGCCGGACCCUCGUGUUCUCCAAGCCAGGUGACGAACUUGUGCGUUCUGAGUGGCUUCAUUACUUGGUUUUAUCAAGUGUACUGCAAAUAUUAAAACGGCCUUACCUGCCCUUUAUUUAGGGUGUGGAGAUGCUCCACAUGCUGCCUUCUGCUCCAGAGAGACCAGGCGGCGGGAGCGAGAGCAGCAUGCCUGUGGAGCACUCCUGUACCUCCCCGCCCUGCGUUUGUAUGAGCUACAGUUGCACUUGUUAGGUUGUUGCAGACGGGAUGUGAACGGUGAAGGUAUCUUCACCACAUGAAGUGUUAUUUUUGUCUGUUGUCGUUGCCUUUUUACAUGUUUUUGUACCAUUUCAAGGAUUUUUAGUUCAAAAGAAAAUGAAGGACAGAGGGGAAAAAAAAGUCACAGAGGAUGAUGUCACGCCUGGAGGUCCAUCUAUGACCCAAGUUGCACUAGCGUACCGCCACCAUUGGGAUUGGCUUCUCACCAAAGUUCACCAACACGGAUGUUACAACGGCUCGGUGUUUUGAGUCUUUUGUCUGUCAACGUCUGCAGUUCACAUGUUCUCCACUGCCAAAGACUUGUCCUCUAUCUGAAUAAUAAAUUAUUCUCAUCAUU